AUGUCACCCGUGUCCCCCACCUCUGACAGUCAGUUAUCCAUCAUGAGUAAAAUGCACACAUAUCUUGUUUUAACCUCCCUUUGCAGCCUGUGGUUUUUGGCCCCCUCCGUGCUGUCAAUGCAGUGCAAGGAUAGGCAAUACGCGUGGCCCGUAAAGGCCCCGCACAGUUGCUGCGACAAGUGCCCGCCGGGCCAACAUAUGAUCCGCCGUUCGCCAACCGCUUGCGACAUCGAGUGUGGACUUUGCACAGGUGACCGCUACACCGACUCCUACAACGUGCAGAUGACCUGCGAUGUUUGCAGAAUGUGUGACAAAUCCAAUAUGGAGUACGAGUCCACGUGCCAUACCUCUCGAAACGCUGUGUGCAGAUGCGAAGCAGGCUACAAAUGCACGGAUGAGGCGUGCACGGAGUGUUUACGGGUACCAGGAACGGUCAAGUCCAGCACCACAGCCAAUUUGUCACCAGAGUGUCAUGGUUGCCCAAAACCCGGCGCGGACCUUGUUGACCCGGACGACGUCAGAGCCGAUGCAAAGCACAACUUGGUGGAGAUUCUCCCCGUGUGUGCAGUCAUAGCAGUCGUUGUCGCCUUGCUUGUCAUGGCCUUUCGACAAUGGAUCAGACCUAAGAACUGCUCCAACUCGGAAGACACACCAACUGCAGUACUUCUGAGCACCGAGGAGAAGGAGGCCUGCAAGCCGGUCCAAGAAAUGUGUGGCAAAUGUGAGCAAACUGUCGAG